UUGUACUUGACUUCCAUGAAAUCUUUCCAAGGUCCUGGACAUGCUCUAAUUGAACAAUGGAAUCCACUUGGUCUAGUAGGAAUCAUCACUGCAUUUAACUUCCCAGUUGCUGUUUAUGGCUGGAAUAAUGCCCUUGCACUUGUCUGUGGAAACUGUUGUCUUUGGAAAGGCGCUCCCACGACUCCUCUGACUAGUGUAGCAGUUACACAAAUUGUUGCUCAAGUUUUGGAAAAUAACAAAUUACCCGGAGCUAUUUGUUCCCUUACAUGUGGAGGUGCUGACAUUGGUGCUGCAAUGAGCAAAGAUGAACGAAUAAAUCUCAUGUCUUUUACUGGUAGCACAAAUGUGGGCAAACAAGUAUCGUUAGUGGUUCAAGAGCGAUUUGGGCGAUUGCUUCUGGAGCUUGGCGGGAACAAUGCUAUCAUUGUGUUCGAUGACGCUGAUUUAAACAUGGUAAUUCCAUCUGUUCUCUUUGCUGCUGUGGGGACUGCAGGGCAGAGGUGCACAACAACUAGACGUCUGUUCUUACAUGAAAGUAUUCAUGAUGGUGUGGUGGAAAAACUGGUCAAAGCUUACAAACAGGUCCGAAUUGGAGAUCCAUUAGACUCUACUACUUUAUAUGGUCCUCUCCACACUAAGCAGGCAGUGGAUAUGUACAAGAAUGCAGUGGAACAGGCCAAACAGCAGGGUGGCACCGUGGCUUGUGGUGGAAAUGUGAUUAAUCGUCCGGGAAACUAUGUGGAGCCAACUAUUGUGACUGGACUUCCCCAUGAUGCAUCAAUUGUUCACACUGAGACAUUUGCUCCCAUUCUGUAUGUGCUUAAGUUUAAGUCCGAAGAUGAAGCAUUUGCAUGGAACAAUGAAGUUAAACAGGGGCUGUCUAGUAGCAUCUUCACCAAGGAUAUAGGCAGAAUGUUUCGUUGGAUGGGGUAAUAAUUUUUAUUCAUUUCU